GCUCUCUCUCUCUCUCUUGCUCCUUCUCUCUCUCUCUCUCUCCUCCCACUCUCCUGUGACAGCACACACCUGCUUUGUCUUGGCUGUGCACUACUGUGGUGCAAUUACGCCCCGGCCUUUCAGAGCUCAGCUUCAGAGCCGUCACUGAGAUCGAUCCCCCCUCUGGAUUUGGGAGAGGACCCUCACAUACAAACACACACACGUGCUCGCUCAGCUUUAACCAAGGACACCAGGCCCAGUUGACGUCUGGCGGCACCAUGAAGUCAGCUUUCAUCUACUUGUUCCUGGUCACAUGCUGUUGGGCUCUGCCCUUUAAGCAGACAGGCUUCCUGGACUUCAUGAUGGAGGAGGAAGGAGGUUCUGGAUUGGUGCCAGUGACCAAAAAGCCCCCAAUUUUUAGUCCCAUCCCAGGCCCAGAUGGACCCAUCUGCCCUUUCAGAUGCCAGUGCCACCUGCGGGUGGUGCAGUGCUCUGAUCUAGGCUUGAAAAACAUUCCAGAAAACCUCCCUGGAGAAACAACUCUGCUUGACCUGCAGAACAACAAGAUCGCUGAAAUUCGCGAGAAUGAUUUUAAGACUCUCAAAGGCCUCCACGCUCUGAUCCUGGUGAACAACCUCAUCACCACCAUCCAUGCCAAAGCCUUCAUGCCCCUGGGCAAAUUGCAGAGGCUCUACCUGUCCAAAAACCUGCUGAAGGAGAUGCCCACCAACAUGCCCAAGAGCCUGCAGGAGCUGCGCAUCCAUGAAAACCUUAUUGCCAAAAUCAAGAAGGCCUCCUUCCAGGGAAUGGCCCAGGUCAUCGUCAUGGAGCUUGGCUCCAACCCUCUGAAGAGCUCAGGCAUCGAGAGCGGCGCUUUCUCGGACCUGAAACGCGUCUCCUACAUCCGCAUUGCAGACACCAACAUCACUGAGGUCCCCAAAGGCCUCCCCACCUCCCUAUCAGAGCUCCAUCUGGAUGGGAACAAGAUCACCAAGGUGCAGGCGGACAGGCUGAAGGGACUGAAGAACCUGGCCAAGCUCGGUCUGAGCUACAACGAGAUCAGUGUUGUGGAGAAUGGCACCCUGUCCAUGGUGCCCCACCUGCGAGAGCUGCACCUAGAUUACAACGUGCUGACCUCUGUGCCCCCAGGCCUGCCUGAACACAAGUACAUCCAGGUGAUCUAUCUCCAUAGCAACAAGAUUGCAGCGGUGGGGCCCGAAGACUUCUGUCCCCCCAGCUACAACACCAAGAAAGCCAUGUACUCUGGUAUCAGCCUGUUCAGCAACCCCGUGCCCUACUGGGAGGUGCCGCCCGUCACCUUCCGCUGCGUCUUCGACCGCUCCGCCAUCCAGCUGGGCAACUACAGGAAGAAAUACUCCAGUCUGCCUGCUGCAUUCUCUCAGUUCCAGGACCACAGAGGUCUGGCAAAGUCUUUCCCUUCGCCUUUCUCUCUUUCCAUCUGUCUGUCAGAAGCCCACGCUCUCUCUCUCUCUCUCUCUCUCUGUCUCUCUCUCUCUUGUUCACCCUGGCUCCCUGUCUCUCCCCCUCUCUCUCCCUUCCUCCAGAGACCCUGUUCUCCUGAAAGAACUCAGCUUUACCUGCAGCUAACUAGGGGCUGCACCCUCCUGGCCCACAUCGCCACAUUAAGAUCAGCUUUAGAUCCCUUGGACAGAAGGAUGACCAUGCUCCUUGUGUGCAUGUUGGCAGCGCUGGCUGGUGGAGCCCUGUGCCAGUACUAUGGGGAGUAUGACUACUACCAGCCCUCAUCCUUACUGGGUCCGUCGGGGCCCAACUGCGCACAGGAAUGCGAGUGUCCCAUCAUGUUCCCCAGUGCCAUGUACUGCGAUGGCCGCAAACUCCGCUUCAUCCCCAUCGUGCCCUCAGGCAUCAAGUACCUCUACCUGCAGAACAACCAGAUUGAGGAAAUCAAGGCGGGCGUCUUCGACAAUGCCACUGACCUCCGCUGGCUCGUCCUAGACCAUAACCAGAUCCCCAGCAACAAGAUCGCCAAGGGCUCCAUCGAUAAACUGGUCAAGCUGGAGAAGCUGUUCUUCAGCUACAACCAGCUGACGGAGCCCGUGGGGCCACUUGCGAAGAGUCUGAAUGAGCUGAAGAUGAUCGAGAACAAGAUGACCAAGUUCCCUGCCAACACUCUCACGGGCUUGGAAAAUCUCACCAAUGUGGACCUGCACGGCAAUGAGCUGACCACUGAGGGCCUUGCUGGGACCUUCAAGGGCCUCAAAUCCCUGAUCUCGGUGGACGUCAGCAAAAAUAAGCUCAAGAAGCUGCCUGCAGGGCUGCCAAAUACCCUGGAGAUCUUAUAUGCUGAUUACAACAACAUUGACAGCAUCAGCAGUGGCUACCUGCAGAAGUUGCCAGCCCUGAAGUAUCUCCGUGUCUCCCACAACCAGCUGACCAACACAGGGAUCCCCGCGGGUGUCUUCAAUGUCUCAUCUCUCAUCGAGCUGGACCUCUCCUUCAACAAGCUCCAGUCCAUCCCUGAGGUCCAUGAAAACCUGGAACAGCUUUAUCUGCAGGUCAACGAGAUCAACAAAUUUGAGCUAAGCAGCUUCUGCAAGUUCACCGGACCCCUGAACUACUCCCGUCUGAAACACCUCCGCCUGGACAUGAACCAGAUCACCCACCAGGACAUGCCGUUUGACACGAGCAACUGCCUGCGUCAGGCCACCGAGAUUGUCUUCGAAUAGAGACCUUUACAUGCCUUCAUCCUGCUCCCUAUCCUCUCUCGACUUUAGCUAUGAAUGAAGGUACACUCCCCUGUCUCUCCAGCUACAAACCUUUGGCCUUUAAAUCUAGAAUUGCUCUCCUUAUAAAAUUAUGAAUUUUCUAGCUACGAACCUGGGAGUCCUGUGGUCACAAACCUAAGGAUUCUCUAACUACAAUCCUUGCCCGCCUGUGAUCCUUUGAAUUUCCUGGAUGUAAACUUAGGAAUUCUCUUGUUGUAAAGAAAUAUAUUUUCCUGCUACAGUCCCCUGCUAACCCUAACCCUAACCCUAACCCUGAAUUCUAUAGCUACAAACAUAGGAAUGCAGCCUCAGUUGAAUGACACACCCAUGGAAUUUUGUUUAAUUUAAACCACCUCCCACCCCCUCCCCAGUUAGUCUCACAAUGAACCAGAUAAUGGGACAAUGAAGGGCAAAUGAAUCAUCAUUUGUUUGUGUGUUUUGACUUCUCAGAUAUUUAGCCGGCAUCCAGAAUUCCCACUGUAAACCAUCUGGUACAUUCAAAUGAAACACUUUAUCAGUUAUCACAAACAAGCAGCUUUCAGAAUAUAGUAAUGCUGACGCUAAACCACAAUAUCCCUUGCUAUUCUCUACUGUCCAUUGUUUAUGACCGACAGUUUUGCAAUGACACAGGCAUUCUUUGGUAGUUUCCCUACAAAGCCUACAAUAGGCUUUUACUGCACAUAAAUUGCACCAAUCAUAACAGUAUUAACAACGUAUGCUUUACACAAAGCAAUAACAUCAUGCUCUGUCCUAAGUACUUUUAACUUAAAAGCUAGUACACACAUAAACCCUAGAUCUUUAGAUAAAGUACAUAUUGUUUCAUGACAAGCUGUUAUUGUUUAAUGCAGAAUAGCUAUGCAAUAUAUAUAAUGUUUUUGAAGAGUCUGGUGCCUCUUUUGUUCCCUUUUUCCUUGUUUUUAAUACUUUCAUAUUUUAUAUGGUACACAGCCCAAUGCUGUACUUAAAACAGACCUGCAGGUAAGGAAACAGUCCCGUUCAUGUGUGCCAUAUACUGGAAAGGGAAAUUGAUGAAGUUUCCUUACUUUAAAAAUGAGCUAUUGUAAAACCUUAUAGAAAAACAUCAGUCAUCAAAAUCCCAUAACGCUCCUGCCCAUGAUUUCUUUAUUUCUGUCAAGAUGGACACUGAAUAAAACUGUUGAGUGAAAUUGUUCAGAAUUAUUCUUGAUGUCUUGGCAUUUUGUCGUUCUGUGCUAAAUGCUUCUGGUCAAGAAUAUUCCAUUCACUCGUUCUGUAGCAGCUGUUAACAUUUAUACAACUAUUCCGUUACUUGCAUAUCAAAACCUCGUGUGAUAAAACGCUGGUAUUUGAAGUCUCGGGUUCCACGGUUUGUCAUGUUGUGAGGUUUGACUGGCUCAUGAAAGAAUUUGCUGUAACAGUAUAAAACUAUAUAAAUAAAACUGAUUUACAAAACAA